ACAUUACUCUGAUAUUACCAACAUUACUCUGAUAUUACCAACAUUACUCUUAAUAUAUAUAUAUUUUAAAGUCCUGGUCGUAGAAUGUGGAUCCUUGUUUUCUUUCCUCCUCUGCAGAAUCAGCUGCUGACAAAGGGAAUGGUGAUACUGAGGGACAAAAUGCGUUUCUAUGAAGGUCAGAAGCUAUUGGACUCCUUGGCAGAGACGUGGGACUUCUUCUUCUGUGAUGUUCUGUCCAUGCUUCAGGCUAUCUUCUACCCAGUACAGGGUAAGGAGCCGUCGGUGCGGCAGCUGGCCCUGCUUCACUUCAGGAGCAUUAUCACUCUGAACAUCAAGCUGGAGGACGCCCUGUCCCGCCCCCGCGCCCGUGUCCCCCCCUCUAUCAUACAGAUGUUACUGAUACUGCAGGGUGUCCAUGAGUCUAAAGGAGUGACUGAGGAGUACCUGCGUCUGGAAGCUUUGGUUCAGAAGGUGGUGUCUCCAUACCUGGGAACCCACGGCCUCUACUCCAACGACGGAUCCUCAAUGCAAUACUCCUCCUGCGUACUGGAAAAGCGUCUGCAGCGGUGCUGGCCCAAGUCAGGCGACGCCCCCGUGAAGAACCCGGUGAUGCGCUCCAAGUCCUACAACGUGCCCAUGUUGACGCCUGUGGUGGAGUAUGAUACAGAGACAGGCUCCGUGAGCAGCAUGGGCAUCCGCCGCCAUUCCGUCUGCGAGAUGACUUCCUGUCUGGAAGAAGGCGACAUCAGCACCACUUCCUCCCUGGCCUCCGCGGCCCAGCCGGGCCUCUCCUCCCUGGGGCAGGAGCUCAGCCUGACAGGGGUUGUUUGUGGUGGAGGUGGUGGAAGUCUGGAUCUCUGUGGGUCUGUGGGGUCUGAGUCUUUGGGGUCCCACCUCCAGCCCUCCAUCUUUCAGGCCUCUCACUCCCCAGGACCCUUCCUCCACGGCGGGGGGGAGUCGACGGUGUCCCCCUCUGUUCUGUGUCAGGUCCACUCUGGUUCAGAGACGGGGUCGAUCCCCAGCUGUUCCUCCAGCCCGGAGACAGUGGUAGAUCAGAUACUGGACUCUAUGGACUCUGACCCUGAUGGCAUCUUCAUAGACUUCUCCCUCCACAGCUGCUCAGACUCCUCAUCCUCUGGUUACAGCAGGGAGAGUGGUAGACAGAGUGUGGUGUAAUUUGGGGUUUUCUGGUAACUAAUCACAGUUGGA